AUGACGCUUGGAAUGGACCCCUCGCGCGAUCUCAGCGAGCCUGAAGCAAACCACCACCCUCGAUGGCGCCUCAGCUUCUCGCGUGUUGCCGUUUCUGGACAAGGACAUCCACCGGAAUGCUUUGAGGCUCGGCAGAGCAGGCAUAUUGCUGGGCGGCUUUUCAGCAGCUCUGAAGAGAAGGCGGUAUGGUCCUCUAUUUCGGCACCACCGCCGACUCGUGGGCGGUUGGCAACGACCACUUUUCCCAGCGCUUUCUCGAUCGAGGGUUGUGCCAGUGAGCCACCUGUAUCAACUCCCGACUCAAGCGAUACCGAACAAACUAGUCGCAGGGCUAAUAAUAAAGAGGCUGUGGAUAAAGAGGAUGUGGAAACGGCCUCGGUCUCAACGACUCCGCAUACCGCUUGUCAGCAGAUGCGCCCGCGAUGCCACGUGCUGGCAGGAUAUCAGCAAGGGCGAGACGGCGCGGCACUGCAAGUGCCGGGACAAGGACCUGUGUCAGAAGUGCUGGGGACGAAACAGAGGCAUUGUAGGCACGUAUCACAAGGACAAGUGUCGAUGACAGGAGUAGGCAAAGGCGACGACGACCCGUGGAGUAUGACCGAUAUGGUCGGCGCAAUUGGAAAUGUUCCAUCCUCUGCGGCAUAG